UUCUGAUUGCCCAAGAAAUGGUAUAAAAACACUCUCGGCUCUGGGCUGCUCCAGCCAAUUCUCCCGACUCGCUCCGAGCUCCACUGGGCCCGACCUCCGUUCCAUCGUUCCAGAGCCAUUCCCAGGAGAUGUUUUCCUACAGACAGAGCUCCAGCUCCAGCUGCCUGGCUCCCUGCGCAGUCUCCUGUCCCCAGCCCUGCGUGGACGCCUGGAGCCAGCCCUGUGUCACCUCCUGCGGGGACUCCAGGGCUGUCAUCUACCCCCCACCCGUGGUCAUGACCUUCCCAGGCCCCAUCCUCAGCUCCUGCCCCCAGGAGAGCAUCGUGGGGUCCUCGGCGCCCUCCGGGAACUUCUUGGGAUCCGGGAAUUUCCUGGGAUCCGGGGGUUCCUACGGCUCCUACGGUUAUGGGAGGUCCUACUCUUCCUACGGAUCCUCUGGAUACGUCUCUGGGAGCUGCAGACCCUGUUAAAUAUCCGAGGAAUGAGCAGGAAGGAGCCAGGAGCCACCACGGAGCCUCCUCCAGAAAUCCCGGCAAUUCCCGGCGCAUCCUCAGCGCCCUCGCUUUGAUGUAAAUUCCCUUUUUCUCACUCUUUUUAUUCCUCCCCCGGCGGCUCCUGCAAAAAAAAAGCCCAAAAAACAACCUCGGGAUCGCCUUUUCCAUGAUCCCUGGCUGGCUGAAAGUGGGGUGAGGUCCUGUCACCUUUCCCACGCCGUGGAACUCCAGGAGUCAUCCCUGUGGAAUGCCCAGCCCUGGAGCCAUUCCUCCCUCCGUUUUUCCCCCAUCCCCACCGCGAUAUUUCUCUCCCUCCUUUCUCA